AUGAAGUCGGAAGAUGUUUCGAUAAAGACACAAGCACAGCCACUUGCUGUGAUUGACUCGGGAACAGCCACAAGAUGUACCAUUUUGCUGAAUCUGUCAACAAAUACGAGAAUACCCGCAUUCCCGCGUGCGUCUUUGGGUAACCCGAAGACGAAACCAUUGAGACGGAUUCAUAGCAAUCUGCCGGAACUGGUAGAGGCUGUGAAGGUGCACGCAGUGGAGGACUAG